AUGCCCCCGCACCUCCCCGUCGAAAUCCAAACCCAAAUCUUCAAGGACGUUCUCAACUCCCUGCUUGGGAAUGGGCUCGAUUACGAAGACGAUGGUAAACCCAAGUGGGACCGCAGCUCGAACGCGUACAGGGCGAGAUACCUUGGUCGCCGCAAAGUGUUUGAGAUGCGGCUCGUCUCCAAGAUUGCGCGAGAUGUCAUCGAUCCCAUGGUGUUUAGGGAGAUCAAGGAGCCGUCGGAUCGUGCGGUUGAGGUGCUUUGCGAGAUGAUGGUUCAGCGGCCGGAACUCGCGAAGAAGGUCGAGGUGUUUGAGUUUGAGGAGAGCGAGGAGAGUGCGUCUGAGGAGGAGGAAUCCGAGGAGGAGGAGGACGAGGAUGAUGAUUCGGAUUACGAUUCAGAUCCAGACUCAGAGGUCCAAAGAGAGCGAGCCCCGCCACCGGCAAAGAAACCAAAGCCCCUCGUCGUCGCCGCAGAGGAUUUGAGCCGCAAGUUCCACGCCGAUGCGACAGGCACCUACGCCCGCGCCCUGGAAGAGAACGAUCUGACCUGGCUGGCAACAUUGAACCGCAAAUCCCGACCGUGGAUCCUCCUCUUUCAACUCGCAAACCUCAGCAGCCUCACACUCACAGUGCGCACGGACACCUUUGCCAACUUUGCGCUCUUCCUCCGUCUUCCACGCCUCGAGCGCCUCGAGUUCUCUGUGCUCGCCACCGGACCCAACGUGGGGAGUCAGGAAAACUACGCCCCGCCCGAGGAGAUGCUCGAAGCCAUCAUAAGCAGCACGGACCGACUUCGCCAUCUCGAAUUCGAAGACGGGAGCGGCGACGUGUUUUCCCCCGUGCGCCACAACGUCACCAAAGUAAAGCGCGUUCUCGAGCGCGCAGGAUGCGCCGAAAGACUCGAAUACCUCUCCGUCAUCUUCAGCAACAACCACGAGCGAGACUGGCGCGAGGAGCAGGAAUUCAGCUACAUGACCGGCUACUUUGGGUCCCUGAGACAUUUCACAAAACUCAGUGGCCUCGCCAUGCAGAUCGACGCCUUACUCGGGAAACCCGGCGAGAACCCGCACCUAAUGCUUCGCGAUGUCCUCCCCGAGCAGUUGGACCACUUCACCGGGAUCAGCAUGCAGGAUUACUCCCAGCCCGACGAAGCCGAGACCCUCUGGGACGAGCCCCAUCUCAUCCCGCAGUUCCGGGACCUGGCGCUGGCGGCGAGGGAGUCGGACGAGUCAGACUCGGUUGGAGAUGGAGGUGGGAAGCGUUUGAGAUUCCCGGAAUUGACGUCCGUCAAGAUGCAUCGGCACCGCAAGGACCACUUUUACACUGAUCGGGAGGCCCAGAUGAAAGGAAGCUAUGCGGAGGACGAUCCGACGGGGAUUCUGGCGGAUUCGAGGAUUUACUUUGGGUGGGUGCGUGGGCCGUAUGCCAAUACUGGACCUGGGGCGGAUUGA